AUGGACUGUGAAAAUCAUGGAAGCAUUGCUCUUGCCAAGAACUCCAGACUAUCACCUCUGCCUCCAGAACGUGCUGGUUUCAAUUAUGGUAUUGGUGAAACCGUUGAUAUACCUAUUGAUGGAAGUGGGGAUUUGAAAAAGAGGGAGAGGGAACUCCAAGCUAAAGAAGCUGAACUGAGAAAGUGUGAAGAGAUUGUAAAACGGAAAGAGGAUGCUGCAGCACGAGGUAUUAUGCCUUGCCUUUAUUUUGCUGAAAUAUCAGUAGUCUUCUCAUUGUUUGGGGUUAAAUGAAUAUGUUCAAAUGCCCAGGUAUCG